AUGGAUGCUGACAACAUUUGCUUCGCUCAAGCCGUCGAGGCCACAGAGCAGAUGGUUUUGCGCGAGUUGCAGGAUCACGUAGCGGUCGGACCGUUUUCGAAUCCUAACCAAGCCGUGCGUCACUUCAUUGACAUUGUUCACAACAUUCCCAGGGGUGAGCUUGAUGUGGACAAUCUCAAGGGUAUUUUUCGAGACAAAGCCUGGGGCGACUUGCCUUCAUGCAUGCGCAUGGCCGGCCACCCGAACUUUGAGUACAAGUCCCAGUACAUCUUCGUCACCCAAAACAACGGCAAUGUCACAUUGGUUAAGCAUUUCUUCCUCACGAAGACUAAGCUCACACAGCUAAAGCUCCAGAAGUACGCCAUUGGCAAGUUACAUGAGAUCAUGUGGGGCAAUGGUAAUAAAGUUGUUGAGCGUAAAGCUUUCCAGUGGAUGCUGGAACAAAUGGGCGGCCUGCAGUCCCGGCACUACGCACUCAGUGGGGAAAAGAAGCGGUCCGCAUCUUCGGCUGCGCUGGGUGGUGGCGUCGCUGAGGAGGACCAGGACGCGGGAUGGGAUUUCAUUAUCCAGCAUGGUGAGCGGGACAAGGGUGAGCUGAAACAGUUACGAUGGAUUCAUAAGAACAUCAACAGGGAGGGCAGCCCCAUCAAAGGGUGGUCGGAGAAGCUGGUGCAGAGAGCACUUGACUCGCUGGCUAAUGAUGGGUGUCUGGCUAAGUUGGCCACCAGGUAUGAUCUCGUCGUGACUGAUUUCCACCCCUUGUUCCUGGAUUUGAUCUUCAAAGACGCGGUGCCUCAUUUGCUUGAUCAUAGUCUGUGGCUACUGGGUGAACCAGGUGUUGGCAAGACGCCGCUAGCGAGGGCCACAGCCAUGAUGUUUAGCCGGUACUAUGGUGGGAGCGGUCAAUUCCGAACUUCCUCAGACUUUAAUUUUUUCAGAGGCAUCUUCUUCAACACUGCCACGCCGGCUAUCUACGAUGAUGGCGACAUCUCCGGCGAGGCAGUGAAGAAGAAAAAAGCGUUUGCGGAUGUUGGUGACAACGAGGGAAUCCUCAAGGAAAGGUGGAAUGCUGCUAAGUUUCUUAAGAACCAGCUCCGGAUCGUCGUGGACAAUGCCUACAGCCCCCUAGGGACAGUAUCUUCUACCGACCUCCCUCAGGAAAAGAAGUUUCAGUCACCCGACACAGGGGACUUUGGCCAGCUUGCUGCCAGUGAGCAGGUUUGGUUGAAAGACGCCCUGCGCGCCCAUGAAAGCAAGCACACUAUCCAAGAACACUACACCAACACCUUGCCGGAGCCGAUCGUCAAAAUGGAGCCGUCCGAGUUUCAUGACGUUGCCGAGGGCUUGGCGGCUAUGUGCGAGGGUGAGACACUAGACGCGGACAGUCCUCCUCCAUAUGUACGCAACCCUCCUAUGACGCCCGAGAGAAAGGUGAAACAGGAAAAGUUCGAUCAACAGUACGCCUCGUUCCUUCUUCGCAGCGAUGCCUUCAGCAAGUCUCUGGGUCCGAACGCCGUCAUUGAGCUCUCGCCUUCGCCAGUAGGGUCCGCCAUGCCUUCCGCACCUGUGCCCAACCCGUCCUUCGAACCCUUGGGUGAUGAUAUGGACAUUGAUGACGAGCUUAGCGAAGAGAAUGUGUUCGGGCACGGGCAACGCAAAGAUCAGAUCAAAUGGGCACGAAAUCUUCCUGAGCUACUUCUCGCUUCCAACAAGAAAAUUGUUCAGAUUUGGGUCACGGACAAGAUUCUCGUGAACUGGACAGGGAAGUGCUGUCCUCGCUGUGAGGCAGGCACUCUAUCUGAUCUCAAGCUUCACAAGCCCAGUGGGCAGUACAAGCACCGUUGCUCUUCGCGCGGUUGCCAAGCGUGGAUCAGCCCUCAUCAUCUCCAUCCACUUCUCACGGAUGGCCGGGGCACAGGCGCACAGAGCCUACAGAUUCAAAGUAGCAUGCUUCUCCUCAAGCUCCUUCGAGUGUCGCAUCCUUCCAUCCACAUCCUCCUGAACGUCAACCACAAAGCCAUCGAGGAUCUAGAGAAAAAGCUGUGUGAGCUCCGGAAAGACUUCGUCGAAAAGAAGGAGCGAGAGAUCGUCUUCGGAAACCUCAAGGCUUGGAAAGAUGUUGAGGCGGAUGAAGCGACCUUUGACAAAAAAGACAUUUCUCGUUCCUUAGAGUUCCAGCAUCUCAUCAAGAAUCCAAGCCACACGACCAUGUGGGAACAGUGGGCCGGAAUUAUCCAGCGGGGUCGUCCCGAAUCAUUGGUACUUUGCAGACUCAAGCCCAAGCUGACCGUCAAGAGAGCUCCCGGUCCAGGAGCUAGUCGUCGCAUUGAGUGGAAGACGAUUGGGGCGAAAUUCUUACGUGACAGAAACGUAGUUCUGCACACAGACUCCGCAAAGUCUUACAAACUCGCCAUGCCGGGCAUCAUUCAUGAUCGGGUCGUUCACUGCAAGAAGCGCGUCAAGCGAAAUGGCAAGUAUGUAUGGAUGCAGCCCAAGUACGUGUCCCUAGUCAAGCACACCAUUCCUGGGUCCCGCAAAAAGCUCGCAGUGAAGUCAGGGACACAAAUCAUAGAUAGGUGCUGGCGCUACUUGAAAGAGCGAGUACAGAUUAACCAGCACUGUAAAGCCGGAAGUAAGCUCUUGCGUGCCAAGCUGAGGGCCGCUCAGUACGAGUAUUGGUACAGAAAUUCGGACCUCUGGCUGAAGUGCGGUGAGCUCUGCGCGCACAAGAUGCGCGAUUUCGUGUAG